UUGUGUGCGGGAGAGAGACAGAGAGAGAGAGACCAUCCAGUUAGAAGUCACUAUUCCCACAACUGUAUUAUUAUCCUUUGAGAGAGAAGCAGCAACUAAUUAAAAAGACUGUGUGUGAGAGAGAGAUGGCCUGAGAGUGAGAGACAGAAGAUGAGGCGGAAGAAAGACAGAAAAGGCUAAUUAAAAGGAGGAAAAAUGACAGAGGAAUACAGAGAGUGGGAGGGCUGAUCAGGGCUGGGAAGGAGUGUGAGAGCGUGAGGAGGGGAAAAGAGAAGAAGAGCCAAACUGGCAAUUCAGCCAAAUUGCCUGAAUUUGCCUCUGGAGAAAGAGAGAGAGAGAGAGAGAGAGAGAGAGAGAGAGGAGCCUCUGUACAAAAGGGAUCAAGGGAAUGUGACUUGGCAAGUGGCAGAGCAUAGGGGUCUAUUGAAGAAGAAGACAAACGAGGACCAAGCUGAAACAGCAAGAGAACACUAAUAAAGAGUCCCCAAACAUAGACGUUUUAUUGUGGUGAGAGGGAAAAGGCAGAGACACAGGGGGGGGGGGGAGAGGCGUGUUGCUACCCCGGACUGUCUGAUUUACUUUCAGUUAUUUGUGGAGGGUAGAAGAUCUGCUAAAAAUUUCCUCCAAAGGAUCAACUGCUGUACUGGUUCUUCAUCUCUACACAAUUCACCUGGUCAGAAGAGAAGAGCUGCUGAACCAUGAAGAGACCUCACGAUUACAGCUCUCCAGAUUCCGAUGUGGAUGAGCUGAUCGACGUUGGACAAGAGGACAGUUACUGUUCUGUCACUGGGUCCAUGUCUCCCGGCAGUACUUCACAGAUCCUAGCCCGCAAGAAGAGAAGAGGGAUCAUUGAGAAGAGGCGUAGAGACAGGAUCAACCAUAGUCUGUCAGAGCUGAGGAGACUCGUCCCCAGUGCCUUUGAGAAACAGGGGUCAUCUAAACUUGAGAAGGCUGAGAUUCUUCAAAUGACAGUGGAUCAUCUGAAACUGUUGCAUGCCAUGGGUUCAAAAGGUUAUUUUGAUGCUCGUGCCCUGGCAGUAGACUACAGGACGUUGGGAUUUCGUGAGUGUGUGGGCGAGGUGGUGAGGUACCUCAGCUCUCUGGAAGGUGCAGAUUCUUCAGAUCCUAUCGGUGCACGUUUGGUGUCCCACCUGAGUCAAUGUGCCAGUGAGCUUGACCCUCUGCAUCAUAGCCCAGCCGCCGUGGCCUUUCCUCCUUGGCCUUGGGGCUCCUUUCCUCAGCUCAGUGCCUCCUCCAACCCAGCAUCUUCUUCACCCUAUCCCCCUGCCAACCGCCGAGACAUGGCCCCUCAUGCUGCUGCGACUCUCCUGGCAUACCCCUCACCAACAUUGUGUUUGGCACCACUGGGAAACCAGGGGGCGCUACUGAGCCCUACAUUAUCUCCAGUGCACAGGAUGUCCUCUGUUUCAUCGCACCCUCAUAGACUGGCAGCACCGUCCACAGAAGGCUCGACUGUUCCUUCACCUUUGCAUUCUGUCCCGCCCCGUUCUCAUAACUCCUCCUCCCCUUCCUCUAAUUCCUCUUCGUCUUCCCCCUCCUCUUCAUCCGCUGGUCAUCCUCAGGUUUCCUUCAGACCCUUCGUUGCUCUGAGGUCUCCAGCGGAACUGAUCAGGGUCCGCAAAUCAGCGCACACUUGGGGAACAGAGAUCGGGGCCUUCUGAUUCAUCUAACUUAGUGGACUUUUCACAAGUAUGCAACUCAUACCUUGUUGGGACAAGAGAGCUAUGAUAUCACGAGUAAUAUACAUUUCGGUUAUAGCCAUUACAAAAUGUUAAGAAUGUAUCCUCUUAACACUCCCUAUGCUGUUACUUAAAAAUGAGAAAGACGUCAUGCAAAAUCCCAAUAGUGUCAAAUGAACAAUGCAAAUAGAGAUAUGUCCGAAUUGAUACUUAUUAUUUAAAUGAAAAGAGAAGUUUUAACUCAAUGCUUUGGCAUCAUAUUACAGAAAAGCAUGUCUGGUGAAAAAGGACUGGAGAAAAUGUGCCUUUCUAUAUAAACACAAACCAAUAUCAACACAAAUUCCAUCAUCCCUACUAAUGUAUUUUUCUGUUUGUUUGCUUCUUUGUUUCCUCAGUCAUUUAAAUAUCUUUACUCAGAUUCUCAUCUAUGUUAUCCAUUUGACAUGAAAUUGCUUGUGGAGAUUUCAUAAAGACAAACAUGCCUUUUCAAAUCAGUGUGUUACGUUAUUGUUCUCUGGGUGAGUGCGUCCACUAACUCCUAACCAUUAGGUGGCAGCAAAGUAAUAUUUCAAAUGAAUGAACUUAAGUGACACCAGUCAGCAUGUAGUCAGAAUAUGAUAGAGAAGAAGAUGAGUCACAUAUGUCAGCAUUAGCUCAUAGUGUUUCUGGCAUUAAGCAUUACUCCAAGCUUGAUGUGGCUUUGGGUUGGAUUACAUUCACACCAGAAACCAUCCUUCGGGGUGCAAUAUCAUCAACAUGCCACUUUGUGUUUUUCCGAGCCCUCUCAGAGAGGAUUAUGGGUAUGUUGGAGGGAGGAAGUGAAACGUGGUGAUGGUUUUCUGAUUUUCUUUGCCAUCUGGUCAGUGCUACAUCUCAUUGCACAUCCUCUGAACAGUAUGAAUACUGUAAUUUGAAGGCUUUGCUGUCUAUCAGAUUUAUACUCAUGCAUACACACAAAAAAGGUAUACACUUGAGCGCAAGGUACUAUUGACACUUCUGCUCAUCAAUAAUGACACAGAAAGCUUGCUAUAAAUGUAAUUAUGCAAAAAAAAAAGAUACUCUUUGCCCUGAACAGGAUAAAGAGGUUAAUGGAGAUGAGUG